GUAUUUGAGGUGAGGAGUGUCAUUCUCAGGACAGCUAAGGUCCAGAUUCUAAAAAGGGCCUCCCAGAUGGCCACAGCCUGCGCCACAAGUGAGCGCCAGUCCCACCCGUUACAGUAGGCUGUGGCGCAAUCCCUGGGAGGCAGGAUGAGCAGCACCCCCCAGCCGUACGAGCCCCAGGAGGCUUCUGGCCUCCAAAGCCAGAGACUUCCCCACAAGGGCAGCCCCACCUCUGCCUGCAGACAUCCGUGUGACCUUGCAGACUUGGGAGGGGGCCGCCAAAGGGCUGAUCCACAGCGGAAUGAUGCACGGGUGGGCACCGUGGGUUGGCAUCCCGGCGCUGGGUAACGAAGCACAACGCCCCCACCAGGUAGUCCAAGGUGCCCUUUCCCAAGCGGAGCUGCAGGGUCCACUCGGCCUCGCCGGAGUCUCUGCCCAGCACGUGGUGCGCCCUCGGGCCAGCGGGGAGGGGGAGAACCCCGGGGCUGCAUCGCCAGGCCUCGGCUUCCCGGAGACGGCCAGCUCUGUGCCCCACGGGUGAUUCAAGGGUUGCCCUUCCCUGCCCUGGGCUCGCCUCCCCCACCUCCUCCUCUGCUUCACUGUCCCGGGCCCAGCAGUUGCCGGCGCACUCAUGCUCCGAGGCCUGAGCCAACCCGAGGCGAGGCAAGCACGGGGCCCUGCGCGCAACGCGGCACCUAAGAAGGCCUGCCCGAUGCAGACUCUCCUGCUCCCACCGGCGCCCUUCCCUCUAGAGACGUCGAGAGAACUGGAGCUAGUGGCGCCCCCACCCAACGCCACCUCGGAGACUCGGGCUCCUUCUCUCUCAACUUCGAACAAUACAGUGUGCCACGGGAAGACAAGAUGGCGCCCAGCAAGAGGAGCGGAGAAAGGCAGGGGUGUAAAUCUGACUUCCAAACUGGAAGCGUCAACAAAGGCGUGGGAGAUCUAACUGCGCAGGCGUGCAGCUUCGGCAAGCUUUAGAAUUCCAACUGCUGGGCGCGUCCAAAACGUGGUCCCUGACUGAGACUUAUUUUACGCCACUAGAGCAGGGGUGCGUAGUGUCAGAAAGAACCAGGAGCAGGGGGCGGGCCAGCUUCGCCGCGGGAAAAGAACGGGAGGCGGAGUGUUCGCAGCGCGCACGCGCAACGAAAGUCAAUGGCGGUCUGGAGAGACUGGCGGAAGCUAGCUUUGCAAUAUGGCGGCCGAGGCGGACGGACCGCUUAAACGGCUGCUCGUGCCGAUUCUUUUACCUGAGAAAUGCUACGACCAACUUUUCGUUCAGUGGGACUUGCUUCACGUCCCCUGCCUCAAGAUUCUCCUCAGCAAAGGCCUGGGGCUGGGCAUUGUGGCUGGCUCACUUCUCGUAAAGCUGCCCCAGGUGUUUAAAAUCCUGGGAGCCAAGAGUGCCGAAGGAUUGAGUCUCCAGUCUGUAAUGCUGGAGCUAGUGGCAUUGACUGGGACCAUGGUCUACAGCAUCACUAACAACUUCCCCUUCAGCUCUUGGGGUGAAGCCUUAUUCCUGAUGCUCCAGACGAUCACCAUCUGCUUCCUGGUCAUGCACUACAGAGGACAGACUGUGAAAGGUGUCGCUUUCCUCGCUUGCUACAGCCUGGUCCUGCUGGUGCUUCUCUCACCUCUGACGCCCUUGACUGUAGUCACCCUGCUCCAGGCCUCCAAUGUGCCUGCUGUGGUGGUGGGGAGGGUGGGUACCAGGAGCAAGGGACAAGAUGUUGGGGGGCAGGGUGGAGGGGAAGAGUGGAAGGUCCACGUGUGGGGGUUUUGGACUUGGGGGAGUAUGGGAGGAGCUCAGGUGACAGAGCCAAAGGUCUCAACUCCUCCCCUAGCUUCUCCAGGCAGCCACCAAUUACCACAAUGGGCACACAGGCCAGCUCUCAGCCAUCACAGUCUUCCUGCUGUUUGGGGGCUCCCUGGCCCGAAUCUUCACUUCCAUUCAGGAAACUGGAGAUCCCCUGAUGGCUGGGACCUUUGUGGUCUCCUCUCUCUGCAACGGCCUCAUCGCCGCCCAGCUGCUCUUCUACUGGAAUGCAAGGCCUCCCCACAAGCAGAAAAAGGCGGAGUAGAGCCAGCUACUGGAGUCAUUCCGUUUCCACUCAUUCACCCAACCUCAGGGUUCUCCCCAUCUGAGCCAGCCUGCUGGUGUGACUUACUCAUCCUCCAUUCCUCUGCAUUUGCAGACUUUCUGAGCCAGGGUUGGCUUUAGUGGAAACAAAUGGUUGAUGGAUCCAGAUCCUUAGAAAAGGAGAGGAUGGGGGUAGAGUCUCCUAAGCCAAAAUUUUGACAUUUGAGUGCUUUUCUAACUCAGUCAUUCAGCCAAGCCUCCUCCUCUAGCAGCAAUUUCCAGCUGUUUAACACUAUCCUGGGUAAAUAUUUUACCCUGUCCUCCAGCCUCCCUGCUUCCCUUCUGGCCCUAGAAGAUGGAGCCUGGAAGGCAGAGUGGAGGGGACUUGGGGGCUGUGGCUCCCUCCCUCCCUCAGCCCGGCUGGGACUGUCUCCCAGACCCCAGUGCUGAGGUGGGGGAAGGGGGACGGAGAAUGACUCAGGCAGGGCCCCAGGGUGGGGUGAGGAGGUUCCUGCUCUGGCAGGUCUAGGCGGAAGGGAGUGGAGAUGGGGCUGGUUCCUGCUGCAGUGAGGGGAACAGAUGGGACAAUAAAGACUGGAGACUCAGUUGAAUAAUACAAAACUGUUUAAUACUA